UUAUUAUUGUGUCAACGCUGUUUCCUGUGAUCACAGUAAAUCUUGUGCACGGAAUCGAUUAUUGUGAAACACUUUAUUUAAUUUACAGAGGUAUUUUAUUUCAUUUUAAAAUGAGUAAAUGGGUUGCGGGGUGUUCACGUUUUGAAUAUAGUAAUGCAGCAGCACUAAUAUCAUAAAACAUGUUUUCUAUUUCAACGGUCACCGGCGAAACGAUACUAUCGAACUGUUCGACGCGAUAGAGUUCUAUUAACGCGCUUACAAUAGCCUCUUGAUGUUCGCGAAACUGUUUUUCAAAAAACGCUUAAUUGACGAACGCGUACUUCAAGCUGUCCUUUAAGGUUAACGUCUGACUUAACCUUAAUGACGAAAUUAUGAAUUUCAGUAAUUGACUUAAGGGAACUAUCCCAUAAAGUAUGUACUCCAAUGAUAGUCUUUUCUUCCAGGUUUACUUUAAAAUGCCUCUAAUACAUUAUAUUCUAAUGAUUAAGACAAUUAAAUAUCCAUGCUCGAAGGACCAACGAAUGAACGCAGCGCCCGGUAGUAUUCACGUGGGUUCCGUUAACGAUCGUUGUUUUAUUUUGUCUUAAGUCUGACUAUGUCGAGUAAAAGGAAUAGGGGCACUUAAUACUAAUGCCACAAUGGCGAUGAUAUGAACAAAUAAUAAAUUAUAAAUGUGAGUAAGUCUUAAAAAGAAGAUGAACAAGCAUUAUACUUAUCGUCUAGUUGAAACGGUAGAUGAUAAUGUUGUAUAUUGAGGGGAUCAAUUGAAAUCAAAUGCAAGUAGUUGACCAACGUGUACAAUAUGUUGUGAACAGUAUUUUGAUGUAUAUCAGAAAAUAUAUAGACCCAACGGCGAUAUACUGAGCGCACAAUGGUGCGACGAUCGCAAAGGUGAUAUUUUAUUUUUACAACAAAACGAAUAGAAAAACUACUGGCUCGCAAGCGUCAUUGAGCUUAUAGUUGAAAAUACGCCAAGAUGGCGGCGACAACGCAGAGAUAGAGAGAAGACCGACAUCAACCGGUGUAGCAAAACAAUAUUAUUAAUAAUCAUAACACAAUUUCUCGACAACAUAUCGAUGUGUAUCCAACAAUAACAUUAUAAAAUUCUAGCGUUCAGAAACUAAUUUAAUACAUUUAUUUUUAUUUUAAGUUUUGUUAGUAUCUAUCAAUCCUUCUUUAAAACGAUUUCACACUAAAAGCUACUUUAUUUAAAUACUUUACUAAUGCUAUUAAAUAAUAUGUAAAUUUUAUUGUUGUAAAAUUUUUAAUAAUAAACCUUGUUACUUAAUAUUUGUUAGUUGAUGAUAUUAAAAAAAAGAUAAUGAAUUGUAUACACCUCUAAAAGAAAUACUGGUGAAAUCUAUAAAGUAUGUGAACAAACAGUUUGAGUUAAAUCAAUGUAAUCAGAAAAAUGUCUAGUAUAUUAGACUCGUGUGUUUGACUAUAACAAUGUAUUGGGUUUUUCUCGUGUAGUAAGAGGGUUAAAAAAUUGUCGAAUUCUACGAAUUAAGAAUAUUCAGCUGUGUUAAAUUAUGAUUUAUCCGAGUGCAUUAUAAGUACUAUUGUAUUUCUAUUAUUCAUAAAAAAAGUAACAAUAAUAUCCAGUACUGGACGUGAAAAGUGAACAUAACAUUUAGAGUAACCUGGGCUAAAAAUAGCUUUUAUUUUCUAUUGCAUAUAACUUGAAGUAUAAUGUAUUUAUAAACAUUUUGAAUUUUUUAUUGGCUAGACAAACUAACAAAAAAUACAAAUUUUAAUAUAAAUAUCGAUAUAAAAAAUCGAUAUAUCGAUGUAUCGAUAAGUUCGAUAUACGUUGCCAUCGCUACAGCUGCGUGAUAACAUAAAUAUUUGUAAGAAUCUGAAUGCGAUUGUAAAUUUAAUAAAUUCAAACAACGUGGUGCUGUUAUUAACCAUUUUUUUUAUAAAAGUUAUUAUAUUAAUUAAAAUGGCUAGAAGAAUUGCUCAGUCGUCUGUUAAUUGGAUUGCUAUUAGUGAACGUGUUCCUGAAGCUGAAAAAGCUGCUUAUUUAGCUUUUAAAGCUAAAUCUGAUGGGUACCUCCGAAAAAUGUUUGCAUUAUCCCCAGAAGCACCUAAAAUUGAUUGGGCCAUAUACAAGAAUGCUAUUCCUAUCGCUGGUUUAGUUGAACAUUUUGAAAAGCAAUACAACGCCGUUAAAAUUCCAUAUCCCGAUGACAAAUAUUCAGCAUUUAUUGAUAGCUCUGAAAAAAAAACUAUGCAGGAAAUAGAAGAAUUUAAAAAGGUAGCUGCCUCUAAUAUUAAAAAAGCAGAAUUAAGGAUCGAGGAAAUUGAGAAUUUGUUGCCAUAUUCCCAAAUGACUUAUGAAGAUGCUGCUUAUAUUGAACCUGAUUUGACAUUAGAUCUUGAAAACAAGCCAUCAUUCUGGCCUCAUCAAGAAAUUGAUUAUGUAUUUGACGAGCCGCAAGAAGAAGGGUCAGAAAAACAAAAAAAAAGUUGAAGCUGCCCAUUAAGUUUUUCAUUUUGUUAGUUACAUUAUAAUUUUACUGAAUUUUCAAAAAAUAUAUUGGAAUAAAUAUUUAUA